CGUUUUGCGAUGUUUAUUGUCGCGGGGACAGGGCCCGGGACCCGGAACAACAAAGAGCGAGAGCGACGGGGCGCGUAGCAACCGGGCCGCGCGCGGCGGAGCCGGGGACACUCAACCGCCGGCCCACGCGAAUGUGAUCUUCAUGGUGUGCUGGUGGGGAAUUUGAGUUUUCAACCACCCCAAUGGAUGCAGACAGUGAUGUUGCAUUGGACAUUUUAAUCACAAAUGUAGUGUGUGUUUUUAGAACAAGAUGUCAUUUAAACUUGAGGAAGAUUGCAUUAGAGGGAGCAAAUGUGAUCUACAAGCGUGAUGUUGGGAAAGUAUUAAUGAAGCUUAGGAAACCUAGGAUUACGGCCACAAUUUGGUCCUCAGGAAAAGUUAUUUGCACAGGAGCCACAAGUGAAGAAGAAGCUAAAUUUGGUGCCAGACGUUUAGCUCGUACUUUGCAAAAACUAGGUUUUCAGGUAAUUUUCACAGAUUUUAAGGUUGUCAAUGUUUUAGCAGUGUGCAACAUGCCCUUUGAAAUCAGAUUGCCAGAAUUUACGAAGAAUAAUAGACCUCAUGCUAGUUAUGAACCGGAGCUUCAUCCUGCAGUGUGCUACAGAAUAAAACCUCUCAGAGCUACCUUACAGAUUUUUUCAACAGGAAGUAUCACAGUAACGGGGCCAAACGUAAAGGCUGUUGCCAGUGCUGUGGAACAGAUUUACCCAUUCGUGUUUGAAAGCAGGAAAGAAAUUUUAUAAUUCACCACUUAAUGGUUAGGUUCCCUAACCAAGCACCUUUAAAGACUGCUGCACAUUGGACUAAAAGCAAAAAAAAGGAAAACUGGACCAACAAUAGCUGAGGAAAUACAGACUCUUUUACUUGUUCAUGGCCACAGUGUAAACUCCAGUCCCUUUGGAUUUUAUUUUGAACAGUGCUGUAUUGUAAAAACAAAAGUUUACAAGAUAUGAAAUUGCUGCUUUUAAAAAGACGUUCUAUUUAUUUUUGCAGUAAUUUCUGUGUAUUCAUAAGUGAACCUGUCACGAUGUGCACUACCUUUCAAACAUUUUUUUAGUUUGAGCUUGUGUUUUAUUUGUGAAUAGUCUUUUACAUUUUUGUAUGCUGAAUAUUGGGCACCAAAGAAGCUGUAAAAGUUACCUUUUUCACUUGAUGAAUGUGCACAAAUAAAAAUUUGGAAAAUAUCUCUCUUAAUACCUGUUGUUAUAUUCCUUUCCCCUUUUUCUAUUACAAUUAAAAUUGUAUAGUUGCAAACUAAUUUGGAAACAAUGUAAGUGUAGUCUUUUGCUGAUACUUUUGUUCCUAGUUGUAGUGUGUGUGUAUAAAGUAAUAUGCAGAGGUCUA